AUGCUGUGGUUCGUAACUCUCACCCAAGAAUGUAAUCUCACAUGCAAGUAUUGUGGUAGUGAUGAAAACGAGGAUAUCGAAGAUAUUAUCGCUAUUCCAAAGAAUAUUGUUUAUGAUAUCAAAGCACUUGAGAAACUUAAACAGGAUAAGGAUCUUGCUUUAUGUUUCUAUGGUGGCGAACCUCUUCUUCGUAUUGACAGAAUCAUUGAAAUCAUGAAAUUACUUCCAGACGCCAAAUUCGUUCUUCAGACCAAUGCAACACUCUUACACAAACUCCCAACAGAGAAUCUCCUCAAGAUGGAUACAAUCUUAGUAUCCGUUGAUGGUGAUGCUCAUCGUACAAAUGCUAACAGAGGUAAGAAUACAUGGGAAAGAUCAAUCGCUAACGCUCGUGAUGCCCGUGAUUGCGGCUUCAAGGGUGAUAUCAUCGCAAGAAUGACAGUCGGCCCAGGAUCCGUCAUCUAUGAUGAUGUUAUGUUCCUUCUUAAUCUUCAACACGGCGACAAACCACUUUUCGAUCAUGUCCACUGGCAGCUCAACGUCGAGUGGGAUACACCACCAUUCCACGAGUACGAGACAUACGAGGAAGGCAUGAACUUCUUCAAUUGGCGCGAUGAGAGAUACAACCCAGGCGUUACAAAGCUUGUCGAUGCAUACGUCGAGGCACUCAAGGAGAACCGCCAGCUCGGUAUUGUACCUAUCCAGGGCAUUCUCUGGUCAUAUCUCACUGGAGAAAAAUAUGAAACAGUUAGAUGCUCUUCUGGCUGGGAAUCCUUCAAUGUUUCCACAUCUGGAGAUAUCACAGCAUGCCCAAUUGCUACAGAAUACAAGUCUCUCGGUGAUAUUACAAAGAUUGAUACUCCAUUCCAAGUUGCUCACAUCGAGAAGGUCGGAGCUCCUUGCGAUACAUGCGAGGUCCUUUCUGAAUGCGGCGGACGUUGCCUUUACUGCAAUCAGACUCAAUGGUGGAAUGAAGAAGGUUUACUCGAAGUUUGCGUUACAAUCAAGCACUUACUUAACCAGAUUAAGACAAAGAUCCUUCCACUCGCUCAGGAGAAGAUCAAAUCUGGCGAAAUCAAGCUCGACGAAUUCCACUAUCCACCAUAUAACAAUUCUACAGAAAUUAUCCCAUAA